AAAUUUUUGAGACACUUGAUUCUGAGAGGCUGUAAAUAUCUAAGAAGAAUACCAAACAUAUCUUGUUUCCCAAGUUUGACUGAAUUGUGUAUUUGUGAAUGCACAAAUUUGACCAAGAUUCAUGAUUCUGUUGGAUACUUGCAUAAUCUUCAAAGGUUUUGUGCCGAAGGAUGUACAAAGCUCAUGAUUUGUCCACGUGGCAUAAAGCUGACAUCUCUAGAAUAUCUUAGUCUUCGCAACUGCAUCAAUCUUGUUAUUCUUCCAGAAAUAUUGUUACCAAUGAACAAACUAAAAUUUGUUGACUUGGGAGGAACUUCCAUAAAAGGGCUUCCACUUUCAAUGCAAAAUCUUGAGGGCCUUCAAAUCUUAUCCCUAGAGGGAUGCAAAAAGCUUGAAAUUGAUGGGUCGUUCAAUUUCUUUCAAAUGCUACCACAGUUCUUUCACAAUUUGACACAAUUGAUUUUACGAGAUUCAAAUUUGACUAUACUUCCAGGAUGCAUUGAAAAAUGUCACUCCUUGAAACAUUUAGAUGUUUCUAAUUGUAAGAGGCUUCAAGAAAUUAGAGGGCUUCCACGAAACACAACUCACUUUUGGGCACAUAGAACUCUCGUGGAAGCUGAUUCUUCAACUUUAAACAUGUUACUCAGACGGGCAAUUGUUUCUUCUACAAUAUGUUGUUAUUCUCUCCAAGGUCAACGAAUCCCAGAAUGGUUUGACCACUCUACUAAGGGAAACUCUAUGUGUUUAUGGUUUCGUAAUCAUUUUCCUUCUCUCACUGGGUGUGUUGUUUUAAGAGUUUGUGAUGAUAUCAAGCCUCCUUACCAUAUGAAGUUUAAUUUCUUCAUUAGUAUCAAUGAUACUGGGAUAUGUGUUUCUUGUUUCAGUUGGGGUAAAGUCGAUUGUGUUUCUAAGAAUGGCCAUAUAUUUGUGCUCAACCUUCAACCUCAUUUCCACCAUCCAUUGGAUUUGGCUAUUGAAAGAGCACUUUCUACAAAAGAGUGGAUUCGAGGGGAUGUUUUGAUUACGAUGGGUUCUGAAGAAGAUCGUAGUUUAGGAGUGGUCGAAUGGAUUGGAGUUUAUGUAAACCGAGCAUUUAGUAGCAUGGAGGAUGUUAGGUUCACAUAUCCUUAUUCUCCCAAUGAUACACAUGUUGAAGGAACUUGAUAUAUACACACUACAUCAAAAUUAAUUUUUUGUGAUAAUUAAUUUAUUAUCUAGCAACCAUAUAAAUGACCAUUAUUUUUUUUACCAGCA